AUGUCUAACCUGAAGCAGAAGAUGCAGGCAGAUAAGAUGUACUGUUCCGGUUUUUUCACGACUCGAGUGUCGACGCCGAAAAACACAGGCCUAACAGAUCAGGACCAAGAUGGCGAUGGCGGGAACGACACAUUGCCGCUACAAAACUCCCCUAAGCCUCAAAACCUACCUGUAACCCAGGAUUUCUUGCAGAGCUGUCUGGAGGAUAUGUCCAGCAAAAUUCUGGCUUCCCUACAAGGUACCCUGAGGGAGAUCUGCAAGGAUGUACAGGAGCUGGGGGACAGGACAGCACGUGUGGAACAACACAUGGAGGAUCAAGCUUCCGCUCACAAUGACAUGGCUGACCAGGUGCAGAGCCUACAGCAACAAUUAGAACACACACAGCGCAAGAUCAUGGACCUAGAAGACCGCUCACAAUGCCAAAAUCUACGAAUCUGGGGCAUACCAGAGGAGGUGAUGCAGCAAGACCUCCACGAGUACUUGAUAGGGUACUUCAAAGAAUUGGCGGCAGAUUUACCCGUAGAGGUGUUACUCUUAGACAGAUACCACUGGUACAAAAGCUGA